CAUCACUACACAGAGAUAAGAUAUCUGCCUGAAAUGUAUUUAAGGUGAAAACACUCGUAUUCUCGAAGAGCACUUUCAUAACUAAGAUGACGACCAUAUUGUCAGUGGGGGCAUGUUGGUUUUUAUUUGUGUUUAUAAAUGUUGAAGCCAUAACAGAUGGGGAUUUUCAAUCGGUGCUUGCCAGGCUUUAUGCGCUCGAAGAAAAACAAGCAUUUUCCGAGCAACGAAUCGCUGCGCUGGAAACGGAAAAUAUGUUGUCCCAGAAAAGAAUCGCCGACUUAGAAAAGUACAAGCCAUUUUCCGAAAGAAGGGUCGCUGCGCUUGAAAGAAAAAACAGAAGAAAUGAUGCACUUGCUAUUGUAAUGAAACUGUAUGCACAACAAGUCGCGCUAGAAACCGACAAAGCCACAACGAAAGGAUUCGACAACACUCUGUCUGACGGAUUAUUUUCCUUGUUUGCUAAGGGCAAAAUAUAUUCUAGCAGAAAAAUCUCUUCUAUUGAGAACGAAUAUGCAGUAACACCCAACCGGAGUGGAAAUUAUGAUAGACACACUGCCGCGGAAACUACGAUUCGGUCAAAUGCUGUACUUCAAUCGGAACACAGACGAUUUGUUGCAGCAGGGACUGUAGCAUUUUCUGCGAUAAAACUGGAUCGUCAAGAGCAUAUGGGCAUUAAUCAGACCAUAAUAUUUGGCAAGGUUCUCACAAAUGAAGGAGGCGGCUACCAUCCUAAUCUCGGUGUCUUCAUAGCUCCACAAUCCGGCGUUUACGUGUUCUCAUCAUCACUUAUGACUAACACUAAUAUAAUUGCUGCCAUAGUACUCAACGGAAACAUCGUCGCUCAGAUUUAUGGCUAUACAGACAAUGGAAGACACGACCAAGGCAGUCAGACGGUUGUCAUAAAGCUGAAUGCUGAAGAUGAAGUCGCUGUUCAGAAUAGGCAAUCAAAUGGUGAUGUCUGGGGGUCCCAGUUUUCGUCAUUCAGUGGCUGUUUAGCUUGGCUGCAAUAAAAUAGUUACCGGCUUAUGAAACAUCUUUAGAAUUUCACUGGACCCGGACAAAUAAAACUAGUGAAGAAAAUCUUUAUUGAAAUUAAGUAAUAACAAUGCAGUUCGCCUAUUUCAAUGGGUUAAUGGAGGUCUUUUUUCCAGUAAAGAUUAAUAAAAUGAUAUUAAUUAGUUGAUUUCAUAUUGGCUUUGUUAUUGAGGUGAAUACAGUCGUAUUGGCCUGAGGCCAAUAACAAAGCCAAUAUAAAUUCAACUAAUUAAUGACAAUUUUAUUAAUUAACUUUAUAAUACUAGUAUGAUUCAGCAAGAAAAGCUUGAAUUUCACUUUCGAAUUACAGGUUUUUGCUAUUAAAUUAAGUAUGAAGUUUUGAAAAAUAGCAAACUUUCUGUUCGAUACAACUUGUUCCCUGUUUAUAUCCCAGGCAAAAUGCUUUAAAAAUGUUAUGUACACCAAAAUACCUUUUGGGUCGAUUGAACUUUACCGGUACGUAAAAAAGAAUGGAAAAGCAUAUAAUUUUAUCGUUGCUAAGCACGCAACACCAAACGCAACACCUAAUUCCUUUUUAUCCUAUAUAUUUCUUUAGUAUCGGUGGCUACCGCCCCCCAAACCCCCGCUUUGUUUAAAGUGGUAAUUAACUGCGUACCGGUAAAGUUCAAUCUAGCCUACCUUUUAAGAGGUAUCUUGUUACUUACAAACGAAAAUUAAAAUAUGGUUGCAAGAGUAAACAAAUGUUCCAUGCAUUUAAUUUCAGAACAAUAAUUAUUAUUUCAUUAGUUUUGUAAUAUGAAGGCGAUAUUACUGAUAAAGCAUAGAAACAAUA